CCGCGUACUGCCCUCUGCGCAUGCUCGGCGGGGGCGGAGCUACCGAUGGAGGAGGCGAGCGUCUGAAAUCGCGUGAGAUUCCCGGCCGGUUGUCAGGGGGCCGGCGGCAAAGAUCUUUGGCCGGCGGUAUCCAAGCGCCAUUGCCAAGGACCAGGUCGGCGGGGCACGGUUCCCAAGGGCUGUAGCCCAAGGCCCGUCGCCCGGGGCUUGUUGCCCAGGUCCCAGCGAUGAGCAGUGUCCGGCCAAGUCCGCCACCCUCCACCCUUGCGCCCUGCCCCCCGAGCACGGCCAUCAUGGCUGUGCCCAGUGGCGAAGCCCCUGCUAAUGGUGAGGGAGAGGGAACCCGAGAGACGCCUGAGAGCAGGGAGAGCCCGGGAGAGGAGGAGGAGGAGGACGACGAUGAUGAUGAGGAGGACGACGAUGAGGAGGAGGACGACGAAGAGGACGAGGAUGAGAGCGGAGAGAGCGAGAGGGUGCCCAGGAAGUGUGUGUACGAGGGGUGCACGGAGACCACCACCCAGGUGGCCAAACCCAGGAAGCCAUGGAUGUGCAAGAAACACCGCAACAAGACAUACAAGGACAAGUACAAGAGGAAGAAGAACGUGCAGGCCAUGUCCGGCACCAACAAGAGCGAUGAUGACACAGAUGAAAGACCCACGUCUGUCACCAAACAGCGCCUGAGCUGCAUGGUCGUGCACCAAGCAAGCCGUAAAGCAAGUCUUCUCGAGCAGGUUUUAAAUCAAAAGAGAUUGUCAUUAUUGAGAAGCCCAGAAGUCAUCCAGUUUCUACAAGAACAGCAAAGAUUGCUGAGUAGCCAAGCCCAUUCUCAACGUCAGCAGUCUCAAGAAGCACCUAUGUGAUGUUUUCUUUGCAAAACUGGUUGGUAAAUCAAAAAACUAAAAAUCAAAAACUAAACGCAAAGAAGGUGGGAAUGAAAUAUGUUCAUCAUUCCUUUUUGCAGUUUUUUGCAUUUCCAGUUUUAACUUCACUAUAACUCUCCAUUAACAUGUUUUUUAAAUAUGAACUAAGAAAUAUAAUGAUCAUGGUUAACUUCUACUUCGUGAAAUACUUGGAGUGUUUGGUUAAAACCUCUGUCUAUGUACAUUUGAAAAAUUCAGCUAAUUUGCAUGUUUUUUUUACCAAUACCAUUUUCCCCUGUGAAUUGUGCUUUUGACAGUGAAAGAUGGUUUUGACAGUGAAAGACAAUUUUAUUUUGCAGGACUUUGUGAUCAAUGCUGAGCAUUUGUAGUUUGGAAGCAGGUGACUGUGUUUAAUAACAAAUGCUCCCUUAACCUUG